CAAAACAUCUCAGUGGUCUUUAAAACACUAGAUUGAGCUCAUAACUUACUUAUUCACUCCAUCAUGGCUGAAAAUCAAGACUCCCAGAAGUUCCCAAUCGCCGCCUCAGAAGCACGACGCUUCAUUGAAGAAGUCCUCAAAGGCAACGGGAUCCCCUCUGAGAAUGCCUCCAUCAUCGCCCGCUGUUUAGUCGCCGCCGAUCUCCGCGGCGUCGACACCCACGGCAUGAACCGAAUCCCCUCUUACAUGGAGCGUCUCCGUCAAGGCGUCCUCAACGCCAGCGCCCAGCCAAUUCUCACUCAAGUCACACCCGCCGUAGCUCAAGUCGAUGGCCAAAACGGCUUCGGCUUCGUAGCAGCUCACAAGGGCAUGGCAGCUGCUAUUGAGUCUGCAAAGGUGUUUGGUAUUGGCAUGGCGAGCAUCAAGCACUCUAACCAUUUUGGUAUGAGUGCUUGGAUUGUGCAGCAGGCUCUUGAUGCGGAUAUGAUGAGUUUGGUGUUUACAAACUCGAGUCCUGCGCUUCCUGCGUUUGGUGGAAAGAGUAAGCUAUUGGGUGUUUCGCCUAUUGCUUGCGGUGCGCCUGGUAAAGGACCCAUGGAGAACUUCAUCCUUGAUAUGGCGCCUUCUGUAGCUGCAAGGGGAAAGAUUUACAAGGCGAAGAGAAGGGGCGAAAAGAUUCCCUUGGAUUGGGCACUUGAUGCUGAGGGACGUCCAACAGAUGAUCCCGAAGCUGCUCUCGGUGGUGUCAUGUUACCAAUGGGUGGCCCCAAGGGUUCUGCACUGUCAAUCAUGAUGGAUGUAUUCUCAGGGGUUCUUUCAGGCUCAGCCUUCGCUGGCCAUGUCACUGGCCCCUACGAUCCUUCCAAGCCUGCAGAUGUUGGUCACUUCUUGGUAGCUAUCAAGCCUGACCUCUUCAUGAACCUGGAUGAGUUUAGAGAAAGGAUGCAGUACCUUUACGAGCGUGUAGUCGGGUCAGAAAAGGCUGCCGGGGUUGAGAGGAUUUAUUUCCCUGGUGAGAUUGAGCAGCUGGCUCAGAAGGAGAGGGAGAAGACUGGCAUUCCUCUAGUGCAAGCUGAGAUUGAUGCGUUGAAUGCUGAGGCAAAGAAGGUUGGGGCAGAACCGCUGAAAUUUUAAGUAUGUAAUUAUAGAAUUUUGACAGCAUUCUCAAAAUUGGAGAUCAUUUGUUUU